CAACAGCAACAACAACAACAACAACAACAGGAUUUCCAGUUUGCAACGGCAUUGUCUCCUUCAAACAGCGUAUUUACGACUGCUUCGACCAUUGAUACUCCAUCUUUUGGUGGAGGUAGUAAUAAUGGAGAGCAACAACAAUUUAGCUAUAUUCCGCACUCGAUUCCAACAUCAAUCACACCAGCAGAACAACCACAAACCACAUUUGUUCAACAACAACAACAACCGCAGUACCAGCAGCCGAUUAUUCCUGAGCACGAAAUCAUGCAACAGAACCCGCAAUUCCAAUUUCAAGCACAGCAACAAUUCCAGCAUUUUCAAGAUUCGCAGCAUCAACAACCAACGGCGGCGACGACGACACCAUCAGCUCCAGUAGUAUCAUCAUCAUCAGCAUCAGGAGAACAGCAACAAUCGUACAACCAAUACGAUCUACAGCAAUUUCUUCAAAACACCCAAUUUCUUGCUCAAGCUUCUCAAGCAAUGGAUACCACAACAGCAACACCCAUCUACUUUAAUCCAACUAUAGAAAUGAUUCUGGACGAGCCAGCUGUGACUACUGGCACUUUGGGUGACGGUACGAUGGACGCAGCUACUACCGUCGUGAACACUACAAUGACCACACAGGCCAAUUAUCAGAAUAUCCUACCAACAACAACAAUGAUGAUGCCGAUGUUUGGUUCUUCAGCAGCAGUGUCAAAUGCUGCUCUUGCUGCUCCGGGAGGCGAUGAUUUACAAAAUUAUUUCGUGCCGUAUCCAACUACAACAAUAACGUAUAAUUGAAAUCCUAUCAUAAGAUGUAUACCCUUUCUUUGAAACAACACCAUUUCCAGCAUAUACAUAUAUAUAUAUAUAUAUAUAUAUAUAUA